GAUGAUAGUCCUCCGCAUUCCGUAGUUGAUACGAUAUCUCAACACCAUCGUAAGUUGUCAAGGUUUCCAACUAUAACUAUCCCUAACUUACUUUUGUAGCCCAUUGUAACCUUCAAGUGCCUGGCGAUGCGCCUUUCGAACCGAAAUCCUCACCUGGAAAAGGAUGGGGCGUCUUUGCCACUAGAUAAAUUAACCAAGGAGCCAUAAUCUUGAGAGAAAAGUCACUUUUCGUCGUCCGAACACCGCACGAACGGAUCGUAGAAGAUGGAGGGCAUUUCAACCUUUGACACCCAACUCGAAACCACAAUUCCUGCAGCUCUGCGACAAUGCUCGUGCACCCUUCACGCAUAUGACAGCAGGCUUUGACGAGAACUCCUUCGUCAUUUCAAAUGGGCCGCAGGUCAACAGAUCUCCAGGACAUGGCCUAUUCCUCCUUCUCUCGCGCUUCAACCGCUCUUGUGUGCCAAACUCCAAGAUUAUAAUUACCGAUGGUGAAAACAGUGCAAGUUUGCGACUUAAGGACAUCAUCAGUAGCGAAGAGAUCACUUUAUAUGAUAAUACAGAUUUUAAAGGCAGGAAUAGAGACGAGCGCCAUCACGCGCUGCGUUUCAUAUGCGAUUACAAAGCGUGUCCGUCAGGCACUCAUUUCCAACAAGUCAGUGAUAUGCGACGGCCAUUCCUUCGAGGCUACAGUACUUUACGCUUUGAUGUAGAUUUGAACGGAGAGAAACAGGAUUGUCCCUCACCGAUUAUCAUCGACUCUCAAUUGAAUAGCCAUAAAGUACCAAGCAAAAAAUUAAAUGAAGAUCAAAAUGAAGUACCGGUAUGGAAUCAUAUUGACAACGGGAAUAUAAAAAAAUAGAAAACGAGGGAUAAAAAGAGCCGGUAGUCGAGCCUAGGUCGACAGUCAGAUAGCGCCUGAACCGCAGCGACAACCAAAGCUGAAGACGACUCAAUGCCUGCCCUGGUGGUUGUUCACGGGAGAGGCGGCAUGGGUGGGUAUUACUUAGGUAUUGACGGUUUUCCCGGUCUGAGGAAUAAAGCUACGGGCUAUAACU